AUGUUUUCCUGUUGCCGUUGCGUAAAUCCCAAAUCUCCGAAGCUGAAGGAAAGAUCUGCUUCCGGCAGAGGGGAUAAGCAAUCCGAUUCGGACGAUUCCCACGAGGAGGAGGAAAAGCAAUCGACGAAGCAGAAUGAAACGAACGCUAGUGCCUGUAAAAUUUCGACUGUGGACAACCUCUCACAGGACGAUGAGGAAAUCAAGAUAGAAAUAAUUGAAAGUUCCGAUAAUCUACAAUCGUACUCGGGGUGUUCAGCGGCAACAACGGCCUUACUGAACGGUUCAUCUCCCGAGCCGAAAAAGCCGGAAAAACAUGAAUCCGUUGUGCAACGGGACCAUUCGCCACCGGCAGACAUCCAGGAGUCGUGCAACAAGAUCGACGAUAUUGAUGAGAAAGCUACAGAAGAUUCUACUGUUGAUAAUGUUGGAGCUGGUGCAGCUGGAUCGACAUCUUCGUCACCGGCUAGCAAAACGCUUUCCGGUACGGAACGCGGCCAAACGGAUCAAUCAGGCCAAUCGUCGGGUAUGGUUACCGAGAUUGAGGCUAAGCUACCGAACGAGUACACCGAUGCUGAUUCGACCGGUGAUGCGACCAACACCCCGCAAGAAAUACCAACCACUGUCGGUGAGUUGGUGGAGCCACAGCAGGCGCAGGAAGCGGAAGUGGAAGAUCGGAACGAUCAGUUGCAGGAAAAUGGUAUAGUACCGUGUCCCCCUGAUGAAGGUGAAAAGGCCACGAGCGGAAAUCUUACCGUACAGAAUGAACCCAAAUCGUCUAAUCAUAUACCAUCGCGAGAGAACUCGAGUGAACUGACUCCUCCCUCGCAUGAUGACCAGAAUUUAUCGUCGUGUUUGGAUGAAAAUACUAACGAGCAGCAACCGAAGCAGCAGGAACUGCAGGAUGAUGAGUAUGGAAAACGAGCUUUAAUUGAAGAACCAUCGCCCGAAAAUGAACCGGUUGUGCACGAAGAUAAUCAAUUACCACAGGAAGAGAAAAUCAAUGCCGAUCAUCAAUCGUCAGACAACUUCCAGAUCAAUGAUGAGCCUACAGCUAACACUGCCAACGUUCCGGAACCGGAACCAUCUACCGAUUCUUUACGACCUUCUCCACCAUCAACGUCCGACGAAAUGGCUGAGUUUGAUGAUGAGAAACAACAUUUAUCACCCGUAGCAUCUAAGAUGGAACGCCUUAAAAGUGAACCAAGCAAUAGCGAAGAAACAAUUGAGGAGACAAUCGACGUGGAACGUUUCUUACCGCGUCAGGUCGAUGAUAGCAAGAGUGACGACGAUAAUCCGCUCAGUAGUUCAAGCGACGGAGGAGGAGGUAGCGUGAGUGGUACCGCUCCUGUUACCGUCCCGGUCGCUAACGAAGAUGGGAAUGAACCGCACGCUAUGGAUACCAAAGAUGUGCCGUGCAAAUUGUCCGGUGUCGCUGAUGAUGGCGAUAAAAUUGUCGAUCCACCGGAGGAAGAUACAGGCGGAACAGCGAUAUCACUGACUCCAUCACCACCGGAAGCAGAACCUGUCGUUCUGACGCCUGAAAAUGAAGACAACGAUGCCGCUAGCAGCGGCAAUAACAAUGAUCAGGUUUCGAAAAAUUCGAGCGAAGAGCGCGAAUCAAACAACGACGAUACAUCGACACUGUCGGAAUCGGUCCCUAAUACGACUACCAACGGCGGCAGUCCGUCUGGGAUCGAGGGUGACAACAGCAGCAGCCGGAAAGAGUCGGUCAACAGUGACGACACGACGAUCCGGACGCAGGUUUCCUUCCGCGAAAGCUGUCUCUCCCGGCGAUCGUCGUCCAAGUCGUCGAUCAAAAAGAAGGUAGCCUAUAACGAUAGUACGGAGGUGAUUCCACCACCAGAGUAUCCACCACCAGAUGAUGAUGAUUCGGUGUUUUCCGACUCGGUGCCCCCAAAAUUGCCGCGAGGUGAUAUGUGCACACCGUACGCCACCAAACGGGGCUCACUGCCGGGCAUGAUAGCCCUGCCGGACUGGUUUGCCGAGGAUCGAUUGAUGAUGGAAGAGGGUGGCAUUAUGGAGCCACCCACUACGCCCAUAGGACGCGAUGAGCUGGCAUUACGCAGGCAUCGGUUUUUCUCGGAAUUGCUCAACGCUGCCCAUGCUGCUGUGGAGCAUCGUGUUCGCUUUGAUCCGCUGGGACCAGAAAUUGCCAAGGUUCCGACGGAGGAGGAAUCAGAGGAUUGUGAUCCAGACCUGAAACCUUCGUCGGCUCGUGAGCUCGAGUGUUUGAUAGAUCGGCUAGAACGCAUUGUAGAUCGCCUUGAGCGUACCGUGUCCGCGCGCGAAUUGGAAGAAACACGACGCAUACUGAAAGACGCGUGUGUUGUCGGGAAGGCAGUGAUCCGCUCCAACACCGGCACGAAUACGGAUUAUCGAGCAGCCUCAACUGCACGCACCGCAGGUUUUAGCGCGAACGAAAGCACCGACCAGUGUGACGAUUUACCGACGGUUCUGCCCUCGACGCCGCCACCAUCGGCAUCGUAUCUGCAUCAACAAGUGGACAGCUUAGAGAGCAGUCUGUUUCCCGAGUUUGUUGCGAACCAACCGGCAAAGGAACGUCACCAAGACCCAAUCACUGUAAUACAAUUUCAAACACCUGAUAUAUUAAACUAUACUAAUCCAUUGACCAUCCAAGAGCAAGGCACUGCAGUAUUGUCAUUCUCCUCCUCCUCGCAGCACGGCACCGUAGUGGAACAGGCGGGCAAGAUGAGUAUUAACGCUUACGAGGACAUUAUGCUCGGCUCAUUCGCCAACUUUAUUGCGCUGUCCGGUAAAAUCGGAGGUGAUGUGGCCACCCAGGCCCAGUUCGUCAAGGAAGCGUUUGAUGCGCAGUUCGCGUUUCUGAAGGUGGCGGCUGCCUCGAGUGCACCAUCGAAUACGGAUCUACAGAAUUUGCUAAAACCUACCUCGGAUAAGAUUUCGACCAUCCAAAGCUUCCGUGAGAAAAAUCGAACCUCACCGUUCUUCAACCAUCUGUCCGCGAUCAGCGAAAGUAUUCCGGCGCUCGGAUGGGUCUGUGUGGCACCUACGCCUGGUCCGUAUGUAAAAGAGAUGAACGACGCCGGCCAGUUCUACACGAACCGUGUGCUUAAAGAUUGGAAAGAAAAGGACAGCACCCAUGUCGAAUGGGCCCGUGCUUGGAUCCAAACCUUGACGGAACUGCAGCAGUACAUCAAGCAGCAUCACACGACCGGUUUGGUGUGGUCUGGCAAGGACAAACCCACCGUGGGUGGAGCCUCGGUUCCACCACCACCGCCGCCCGGUGGUCUUCCGCCACCACCACCAAUGAUGCCGCUAGGAGACCUUUCGGCCGGUGGUGUUGGUGACGAUAGGAGCGCACUGUUUGCGCAAAUUAAUCAGGGUGCUGACAUCACGAAAGGUUUGAAAAAGGUAACGUCAGAUAUGCAAACGCACAAAAACCCUGCCCUGCGAUCGGGUCCUGCACCGUACAAGGCACCAGCAGGCGUGACGAACGGUACGAAAUCGGUUGCUUCACCAGCGGUCGCCAAACCACCGACAUUUACGCGCGAUGGCAAGAAAUGGCUGAUCGAGUAUCAGAAAAACAAUGCGGGUCUUGUGGUGGAGAACGCCGAGAUGAACAAUGUCGUGUACAUGUUCCGCUGUGAGGGUUCCACCCUACAGAUCAAAGGCAAAAUCAACAGCGUUGUGAUGGAUUCGUGCAAGAAGUGUUCACUGGUAUUCGAUUCGCUUGUCGCAUCGGCAGAGUUCGUCAACUGUCAGAGCGUGCAGAUGCAGGUCCUCGGUAAAGUACCAACGAUUUCGAUUGACAAGACUGAUGGCUGCCAGAUGUACCUCUCGGCGGAUUCGCUUAACGUUGAGAUCAUCAGUUCGAAAUCAUCCGAAAUGAACGUGAUGAUUCCGAAAGGAAGCAGCGGAGAUUACACCGAGCAACCGAUUCCGGAGCAAUUCAAAACAAUAGUGAAGGGCGGUUCCCUAAACACUACCUGCGUGGAAAGUCUUGGUUAA